AUGAAUUUCAAUGACGUCGUCAAGGGUUUUUGCAUGUACAACGAUUGCGUUUUAUCUGAGGACGGGCUGCAAGAGGGGUACGUUGUAAUUUUCGACAUGAAAGACGUGUGCCUCGGACAUUUGGCAAGAGUCAGCCUACCAGCAUUAAAAUGUUUCAUGUACUACAUCCAGGAAGCCCAUCCCUGUCGACUGAAACAAAUCCACGUGCUCAACACCGCGUCUUGGAUCCACCACAUCAUGAGACUGGUCGUACCAUUGGUACGAUCCGAACUUUUGAGUUUAGUUAAAUUCCACAAAGGUAACAUUCCCGAAGGUAUUGAUCAAGAGCUUCUUCCCAUUGAAUAUGGCGGUGAAUCAUCGACAAUAGACGAACUAGACAGAGCCACCAAAUCUCUACUAGACAAAUAUCGUCAUUGGCUGAUAGAAAGUGGCCAAUUUAAAUCUGACGAAUCGAAACGUACAAGGAAAAGCGGUUGGUGGGGAUUCUUCGGCAGCAAAAGUCCCCAGCAAGUGGAACUAGACGAAAAAACUAUUUUACGGAAUUUGCAAAUAGAUUAG